UCGCGGCCGGGAAACGCGCGGCUGCUGGAGCUCGCGGGUGGCGGUUGCUGCUGGUGCGCGCGCAGGCAAUCUUUUUCAGAGAAGAGCCAGAAAAAUCACUAGAAGAACUCAUGUCUUCUGAAAUGCCACCAGAAAACCUUGCAUCAGUCACAGUUACUGAUAUGGAAGAAAACACAAAAUCCAGCAUUGAUCUGAAAGCAAUGAAAGAAUCAACGCUAGAAAAAUUGGAGGGUACUGAAGCUAUGUCAAAAAGACAAAGAAAGAAACUAAUGAAGCAGAGACAGUGGGAAGAACAGAGAGACCUGCGCAAGAAGAAACGUAAAGAAAAACGCUUGAAGAGAAAACUGGAACGCCAGUCUCAACUGGAAUCAAGCAGUGAAGGAGGUAUCAGGAAGCGUACGCGUCGGGAUGUUGUUCCUAGUACCCUUCGCCUUAUAAUUGAUUGCAGUUUUGACAGUUUAAUGGAGCUAAAGGAUGUCAAGAAACUUCACAAGCAAAUUCAGAGGUGCUAUGCAGAAAAUCGUAAAGCUCUUCAUCCUGUACAGUUUUACUUGACAAGUCAUGGAGGCCAGCUGAAGGACAACAUGGAUGAAACAGACAAAGGAUGGGUAAAUUGGAAGGAUAUCUACAUUAAACCAGAGCAUUAUAGUGAAUUGAUGAAGAAGGAAGACCUUGUGUACCUUACUUCAGACUCUCCUGAUAUCCUUAAUGAACUAGAUGAGUCCAAAGCAUAUGUUAUAGGUGGCUUGGUGGAUCACAAUCAUCACAAGGGCAUCACAUACAAAAGAGCACAAGAACUGGGAAUAAGUCAUGCACAACUGCCAUUGGGAAUCUUUGUGAAAAUGAACAGUAGGAAAGUUUUGGCAGUGAAUCAUGUGUUUGAGAUAAUACUCGCAUACUUAGAGAAAAGAGUGUGGGAAGAAGCAUUUUUCACUGUCUUGCCACCGCGAAAAGGAGCCAAACCACUGAAUGAAAUAACUGAUGCCUCUAUGUGCAAGCUACAAGAGUCAGAAGUAGUUCAAGAUGAAGUCUCUGAUAGCGACUAAUUUCCAAUGGGAAUAUACAUGGAAGUAUCAUGGACUGUGAAGAGAGGAAGCAUACUGUACUAAUAAUGCAGAACUGUUCGUGGGGCAUUGCAUAACUUGGCAGUUCACUUCAAGCACAGAAUUUACAUUAUCACGUCUGAACUGUAUCUUUACUUUUAAAAUAUUUGAUCUUUAGCGGCUUUUUAGUAAAGUAAAGGGCACUUUCUCAGGUUUUUUAUGUUUCCCAAGGAAGCUAAUAUUUAUUUUACUCAUAAAAAUGUCAAUAUUUGCCCAGAAGUAACUUUUUCUCUUCUAGAGCUGGCAAUAGAGUAUUAGUGAUAGUGAACAGUGCCUUGACUGAAGCUCUGCUGUAUGUAAUUCUUAAUUUGUUCUUCUGUGGUGUUCUGAAGUCUGCCCUGCUUUGGGGUAUUUUGGUGCACAAAUGUUAUAUUCCAAUUGGAACAGUAAUGUCUGGUUUCUUUCUUAGAAAAUAUGAGAGAAAAGGCCUUUGAGGCCCUUUUCCCAUGGCUGUCUUAAUACAUUUCCCUCUUAAUCUUGGUGCAGAUGUGUGAACUUGUAAGAGAAACACGGGUUCAUUCUUUAUGUUUACUCUGGUGGAGAUGACUCCACAGCAGUACAUCUAAAGGCCCUUUUAUCAUUGUAAAUGAGCUUCUUGUGUAGUGCAGUCUUUCCUGCCCUCUGAAGGUAAUAUUACAACAUCAACCCAUGCUGCAGCUACUCCCCACACUCCAGGAGUGACAAGUUUAGGGAAUAACUAUAGAACAGGCUCCUUCCACGUCACUUGGGAUCUUCACAUUACCUUCACAGCACAGGAGGAGACUGUGCUAUAGCAGCUCCUGUGCUAAAAUAUGAAAUGGGGGGCUUAAGUACCACUAUAGUCUGAUUGCAAAAUAGUAAAGAGUCCAGUA